GUGUGUGCGUGUUUGUACGUGCGUGCAUGCGCUGGUGUGUCUCCCCACGGCAGCAUGAGAUGAGCUGCCUGCGGUCUUUGCAGCCACUGUUUGUGCCUCCUCCUCUUCCUCUGUGUGUCUGUCCGGUACGGGAAUGUUGACCAGCAGACUGUGAGCCUCCAGCGCUGUCCACUUUGCUCCUGCAGCCGCUCCACGCGCACUCUCCGCGGGUUUGUUUGGCCCCUCUGAAGCCAUUGGACUCUGGAUUGAUCUGGCUUUAAGGUUGCUCUUUUGUCAUCUUGUGUAAAUAAAUCUUUGAAACAGAAGAACUGAAAUUUGCAAACAUGGCUCUCGCUGGUUGUCCUGAUUACUUCCUGCAUCAUCCAAAUUAUCAGCAGGACAAUAUAGACCACUCUUCAAAUCACAGACAGGCUGACCUCAGUGGUCCGAGUUCUCCCAACCACAAUCAAGAAGACGAUGUGGAUCUGGAAGCCCUGGUGAAUGACAUGAACUCUUCGUUGGAGAGCCUGUACUCCACAUGCACUGGGCAGCAGACGGAGGUCACCCCCCUGCUCCACAACGGCCAGCCUCCUUCCUCUCACCUUCACCACCACCAUCGCCAUGCUCUACACCUGUCACAUAUGUCUCCUGAGCCCACCUCCUCUUCCUCCUCCUCUGCAGACUCUCCUCAGACAGGGUUCCGGCGCUCUCAGCCCAUGCACAUCCUCGCUGUUAGGAGGUUGCAAGAGGAGGAGCAGCAGUUGCGGACCUCAUCUCUCCCGGCCAUACCCAACCCCUUCCCAGAGCUGUGCAGUCCGGCCAGUUCACCUGUGCUUACUCCUGGGUCCCUCCCACCUGGAGAACCGUCCACUGGAAAAUAUAUUGUGAAGAUCUUCAGUGAGGAUGGCAUGAGGAAAGUGGUGGAGAUACCAGCUGAUAUGACUGCCCGGGACCUGUGCCAGCUCUUGGUCUAUAAAAGCCAUUGUGUGGAUGACAACAGUUGGGCACUUGUUGAGCACCACCCGCUGCUUGGAAUAGAGCGGUGUCUAGAGGAUCAUGAGCUGGUGGUUCAAGUGCAGGCCGCGAUGAACAGUGACAGCAGAUUUGUCUUCAGGAAGAACUAUGCCAAAUAUGAAUUCUUCAGAAAUCCUUCGUCAUUUUUCCCAGAGCACAUGGUUGCGUGGUGCCAGGAGACAAACCGCACGAUUCCUCCGUCUCAGCUCCUACAGAACUUUUUAGCAACCAGUAGCUGUCCUGAGGUGCAGGGGUAUUUAUACGUGAAGGAAAUGGGAAGAAAGUCAUGGAAGAAAGUCUACAUGUUUUUGCGACGUUCUGGUCUUUACUGUUCAACGAAAGGGACUUCAAAGGAGCCGAGACAUCUCCAGUUACUGGCAGAUCUAGACGAUAGCAACAUUUUCACUGUUAUUUCAAGUAAAAAACAGCACGGCGCUCCCACAGACUUCAGCUUCUGUAUCAAGCCCAAUAAAUGCAGAGGGGAGCUAAAGGAUGUGAGGAUGCUAUGUGCCGAGGAGGAACAGGGUAGGACCUGUUGGAUGACUGCCUUCAGAAUUUUUAAGUAUGGAAUUGUACUGUACCAGAAUUAUAAGAUUCCUCAACAAAGAAAAACUUUACUCUCACACUUCUCUGCACCAGUAAGGAGUGUUUCAGAAAACUCAUUAGUGGCAAUGGAUUUCUCAGGGCGGACAGGCCGAGUAAUAGACAAUCCAUUAGAGGCCCAGAGUGCAGCAAUGGAAGAGGGGCAAGCCUGGAGGAAAAGGACUCAGAGAAUGAAUGUAUUGGGCUCCCAUAGCCCCUUACACCACUCCUCCUUAAAUUCUGUUAUACAUAUAGCCCAGCUGUGGUUCCAUGGGAGGAUAACCCGAGAAGAGUCCCAUCGAAUUAUUCACCAACAAGGACAAGUAGAUGGGUUAUAUCUAUUACGAGUCAGUCAGAGCAACCCGAAGGCGUUCGUACUCACAUUGUGCCAUCACCAGAAAAUCAAACACUUCCAGAUACUACCGUGCGAGGAGGAUGGCCAGCUCUUCUUCAGCCUUGACGAUGGGUCAACCAAAUUCACAGACUUGAUCCAGCUGGUGGAGUUUUACCAGCUCAACCGCGGAGUGCUGCCUUGCAAACUCAGACACCCAUGCACCGUUGUGGCCUUAUGACACCCGCGAAUCAACUGAGACUACCAACACUUGACCUAUUUUGCCUAAAAUAAAAUGGCUCUUCAUUUUGUUUGAGACUUUUAAGAAGCUGGUGAAUGAACUGACUUGUUUUAUUGUUCUUUUUCUUGAAAGACACGAUGAACCUUUUUGCAUGGAUAUUCACAACAUGUUGGUACAAAUUUCAAUGCAAGAUUUUCUUGCUACGUACAGUCUCCAAUAAGCUCAGACUUUUUUUUUUACUUUUUUGCACAGCUGAAUUGCAAGUUGUGCCACAAGCAGACAAUCAGCAGAUCAAGCUUUUGUGUGGACCACUUUGAGCAAUUUAAAAACAAACGUCCUCAAAAGAAAAAUGUCAUAGGUGGAGAGUUGAUUGUCUUGUCGUUUUUGCACUCAAAAACUGACUGGGAGUGGCCUUUUGGAGCACAUGAUUUGCUUCUCUGUGAAAACUGUGAGGCGGUGCCACACUUCCCUCUAGUGUCACCACUUGUAAAGACAAGUAAAAUCCAAACCAGGACUGGAGGCACUGGAGGCUUGUUUUUAAUGGCUGCAUCUUUUGAAAGAAAGUAUUUUUAAUGUCACCAUUACAGAGAAAAAUAUCCUCUCUUGACCUCACAGGGUUUUUAAUAAUUGUUUUUUUAUGUGAUCACUCUUUGUGUACCCUUAUCUACUGCUUCUGCAGGUUUGUUAUCCAUAAACUCAGUACACUAAACCAUGCAUUACAAAUUUGGAAUAGUUUAGUAAAAAAAUAUACACAUUUUAUAUUUAUUGAUUCAAGACACAAGUAGUUGUGAUAUAAUGACAAAAAUGGCAUUUGAUUAUUAAUAACGAAAACAAAAUCCGAAUUUAUAUGGCACAAUGUUCAUUUCUGGUCAGAAUUGUUAUUCAUGGGGGAAAGUAAUUGGCAUGUAAGAAUGAGACGAUGAAACAUUGCUGUAUCCUGUACAUACAAUUAACAUGCUACCUGUUAAAUUAUGGGUUGAUGGAGAAACACAGGGAAAGACAACCACUAGCAUGUGACAGAGGGAGCUGUUUACUGGAGGUUUUUGAUUUUGAGUCGUUUACACAUUUCUUUGUCCAUUCAGGUUUUAAGUUGAGAUUUGGUGAGGUUUAACUUGACACCACUGUGCACUACAUUCCUUCAAAAGUCUACUUGAAGUCUACAUUAAAAUCAGCUACAUAUUCCCUCUUGACUUGUACUACCUACUACAUUUAAUAUUAAAUUAUACCUUAUCAUUUGGCUUCCUGUUAUUGCCCAGUUAUAAUGCUUAUUUUAUCUAGCAUAAAUGGAUUUCAAUGACAAAUCUAAACAAAAUCAGUUUACAUCUACAGCUGUUGGCAGUAGUUAACAGUGCAGUACCUGAAUAUAUAAAUCAAUACUUUUAGCACUGUUGUUCUGCAUUGAUGCACUUAAGACAGGAAAUACUUGAAAAUGCAGCAAGAAAUGCAGAUACAGCAUUGUGAAAAUCUGUUACAAUUGAUGUAACAAGCAUUUUUUUUUUUUUGAGAUCAGCCCCUCACUUGUCACCCUGUGCACAGUCCUCAUUAUUUGUUUAAAAUUGCAAGGACUCAAUCAUGUUUAAAGUAUUAUUUCUUCAAAAUGUAUUUAUUUAUCUGGAUGUAACUGAUUACUUGAACAUGUAAAAUUUGCUCAGCGCUGUUUGAUACCGUUUUCUUUUGUCAUUACCAAUUUAUAUACAUAUAAUUUUUUUAUAUAUAUUAUUAUAAUUUGUGAUUGCAUCUGGCUCUUUUCCAUUAACUUGACCCUUUAAUGAAGUGAUCCCCAGAAAUGGUAAACUGGUCUCAAUUGUGUUAACAUCGUAUCAUUCAUACAUGAAAUGAAGUUUCAUUAUUUGAAUUUCACAGAAUAUCAAACUAGGUUAUAAAGAACUAAAACUAGUAGUCCAUCAAUUACACAGCAAACAAAACUUUGGCACACUAAUAACCUGUCGAUAUUGUGGAAGGUUGAUUGGAUAAAACAAAAAUGUAAUAAAACAAUUUGCUUUUUAGAUCAAUCAAUUAUUUGUUAAUGAACAGGACAGUUUUAUCCAUGAUGAAUCUGAAGCCUAAAGGAGGAUUCAAACAUUUGAUUAACAUGUGCUUUUAAUCUUUGACCAUGCCUUUGCAUAAUACCAUAUGCCCUAUAGUGCGUUUUAUUUACAGAGAAUACACAAACAAGAAAGGAAGCUUUUAUCUGUAGCUUCCAUCUACUAUACUAAUUAUUUCAGGGAAUGCAAAAAGAAAACGGUAACUUCACUCUUCUAUCAUGAAGAGCGUGUGUUUUUAAUGUGCUUUGCUUUGUUUUGUAAAUAGCUAAAUGGUGUAUAUUAAUUGUAACCUUUUCAGGUAUUUUUGUACAAAUAAGGGACUGAUAUAUUCUCUUUAUUGUAAUUAGAAUAAAACCUUAAUACAUUGAUAAA